UAUCUUUCGAAAACUAAUUUUUUAUUAUUUAUAAAACAACCAAUAUCUUAAAUAAGUAAUCCAUAUUAACGCUCAUCAAUCAUACAUAAACAUGUUGGACAGUCUAUUUGACGAUGUGAAACGCAUGAAUAAACGCCAGUUUAUUUAUCAAGUACUUAGUUUUGGCAUGAUAGUUUCAUCAGCGCUAAUGAUAUGGAAAGGUCUAAUGGUUGUUACGGGCAGUGAAAGCCCAAUUGUGGUUGUGCUGUCUGGGAGCAUGGAGCCCGCUUUUCACAGAGGAGAUUUAUUGUUUCUUACUAAUUAUCCAGAAGAACCAGUGCGAGUUGGUGAAAUUGUAGUGUUCAAGGUGGAGGGGCGUGACAUUCCUAUUGUACAUAGAGUGUUAAAAUUGCACGAGAAAAAUAAUGGCACAGUUAAGUUUCUGACUAAAGGAGAUAAUAAUAGUGUAGAUGAUAGAGGGUUAUAUGCUCAGGGUCAGUUAUGGUUGACAAAAAAAGAUGUUGUUGGUAGAGCAAGAGGAUUUCUACCUUACGUUGGAAUGGUCACAAUAUAUAUGAAUGAGUAUCCUAAGUUUAAGUUUGCAGUGCUGGCUUGCCUAGCAGUGUAUGUUCUUGUGCACAGAGAGUGACAACAUUUAUAAAUAAGUGAGAAGUGGAAUCAGUCUGUAAAAAUGUUCUUAUUGACUGUGCGGCUGUAUUUAAUUUUUUAAUUAAACAAUGUUUUCUCUCUA